GCAACUUGCGCACUUCCACAGUCGCAAGAGCGCACGAUCACUAUAAAAAGAGGCCAGAGAGAUUCGAAUGGCACCUUUUCUUCGGCGUCCCAUCAUCCACAAUGCAUCUACGACUGGCUCUUCUGGCUCUGUCCGUGGCUCUUUCAAUGGGGCUUCCCCAGGUGCCAAAACUCUACAGGAGGAAGCCCAUUCCCAUUGGAAUCGUUGGAGGAGACGAGGCCGCGCCAGGAGAGUUCCCCCAUCAGAUUUCAAUGCAGGUUAAAAGCAUCUUCGGAACGUAUCACUCCUGCGGUGGCUCCGUCUACAACGAGAACUACAUCGUCACCGCCGCUCACUGCACUGAAGGGCAUAACGCCAACAACAUCGUAGUUGUCGCCGGGGAAUACGACUUGAGCGUCGAAUCAGGCGACGAGCAAACCAUCGACGCCGAAGCUCUGACCGCCCACGAGAGUUUUGACACCAGGUCGAUGGAGAACGACGUCGCCCUCAUCAAGUUGACCACGCCCUUGGUGUUCAACGACAUGGUCAAGGCAAUCGAGAUCCCAGCCCAGCUGGAGUUUGUCGAAGCUGACACUCUCUGCACCACCACCGGAUGGGGCACGACUACCGAGGGCGGCUCCCUGCCAGACAAGCUCAGAAAGGUUGACGUUCCUGUCGUCUCUGACGCAAGUUGCCGAGAUUCUUACGGCGCCUCUGAAAUCGCCGACUCCAUGCUGUGCGCAGGCUACCCCGAAGGCGGCAAGGACACCUGCCAGGGAGACUCCGGCGGUCCCUUCGUCUGCGGGGGAAAACUCCACGGAAUCGUUUCCUGGGGAUACGGGUGCGCUCGUCCUAACACACCUGGAGUCUACACGGAAGUUGCCUACUUCAGUACCUGGAUUCAGGAGCACACCAAAGGGUGGGCUGAUUCUGACUGGACCCAGCAAGAAUAUCUAAAAAGGCAUUUUUCUUUCCAUCCAGGGCUACCACAGAUCCCUAAGCUCUACAGAAGUAAGCCAAUUCCCGUAGGCAUUGUCGGAGGCGACGAAGCCAAGCCAGGAGAAUUCCCUCACCAAAUUUCGAUGCAGAUUGAGAGUCACCUCGGAACAUCUCACUCUUGCGGUGGCUCCAUCUACAAUGAGAACUACAUCAUCACCGCAGCUCACUGUACUCAUGGGGUAUCGGCGAAAAAGAUCGUCGUCGUGGCCGGAGAAUUCGACUUGAAAGUCGCCUCGGGCGACGAGCAAGCCAUCCACGGCGACCACUUCUACAACCACGAGCACUACGAUCACCAGACCCUCGAGAACGACAUCGCCCUCAUCAAGCUGUCCAGUCCUUUGGUCAUGAACGACAUGGUUCAGCCCAUCGCCAUUCCAGCCCAGAUGGAACUGGUCGAACCAGGAACGCAAUGCACCACCACCGGAUGGGGAACCACCACGGAGGGAGGCUCCAUUCCGGCAAGGCUCAGGAAGGUUAACGUUCCUGUCGUCUCCGACGAGAGCUGCCGUCAGUCCUACGGGCCCUCGGAAAUUACAGAUUCCAUGCUGUGCGCAGGAUACCCCGAAGGCGGCAAGGACACCUGCCAGGGAGACUCCGGCGGUCCCUUCGUCUGCGGGGGAAAACUCCACGGAAUCGUCUCUUGGGGAUACGGGUGCGCUCGUCCUAACCACCCAGGAGUCUACACAGAAGUUGCCUACUUCAGGAACUGGAUCGAAACACACUCCCAUGUGGGUGCAGUCUGCAACUUGCGCACUUCCACAGUCGCAAGAGCGCACGAUCACUAUAAAAAGAGGCCAAAGAGAUUCGAAUGGUACCUUUUCUUCGGCGUCCCAUCAUCCACAAUGCAUCUACGACUGGCUCUUCUGGCUCUGUCCGUGGCUCUUUCAAUGGGGCUUCCCCAGGUGCCAAAACUCUACAGGAGGAAGCCCAUUCCCAUCGGAAUCGUUGGAGGAGACGAGGCCGCGCCAGGAGAGUUCCCCCAUCAGAUUUCAAUGCAGGUUAAAAGCAUCUUCGGAACGUAUCACUCCUGCGGUGGCUCCGUCUACAACGAGAACUACAUCGUCACCGCCGCUCACUGCACUGAAGGGCAUAAGGCCAGCAACAUCGUAGUUGUCGCCGGGGAAUAUGACUUGAGCGUCGAAUCAGGCGACGAGCAAACCAUCGACGCCGAAGCUCUGACCGCCCACGAGAGUUUUGACACCAGGUCGAUGGAGAACGACGUCGCCCUCAUCAAGUUGACCGCGCCCUUGGUGUUCAACGACAUGGUCAAGGCAAUCGAGAUCCCAGCCCAGCUGGAGUUUGUCGAAGCUGACACUCUCUGCACCACCACCGGAUGCACGACUACCGAGGGCGGCUCCCUGCCAGACAAGCUCAGAAAGGUUGACGUUCCUGUCGUCUCUGACGCAAGUUGCCGAGAGUCUUACGGCGCCUCUGAAAUCGCCGACUCCAUGCUGUGCGCAGGUUACCCCGAAGGCGGCAAGGAUACCUGCCAGGGAGACUCCGGCGGUCCCUUCGUCUGCGGGGGAAAACUCCACGGAAUCGUUUCCUGGGGAUACGGGUGCGCUCGUCCUAACACACCUGGAGUCUACACGGAAGUUGCCUACUUCAGUACCUGGAUUCAGGAGCACACCGUUUGGCUACCACAGAUCCCUAAGCUCUUCAGAAGUAAGCCAAUUCCCGUAGGCAUUGUCGGAGGCGACGAAGCCAAGCCAGGAGAAUUCCCUCACCAAAUUUCGAUGCAGAUUGAGAGUCACCUCGGAACAUCUCACUCUUGCGGUGGCUCCAUCUACAAUGAGAACUACAUCAUCACCGCAGCUCACUGUACUCAUGGGGUAUCGGCGAAAAAGAUCGUCGUCGUGGCCGGAGAAUUCGACUUGAAAGUCGCCUCGGGCGACGAGCAAGCCAUCCACGGCGACCACUUCUACAACCACGAGCACUACGAUCACCAGACCCUCGAGAACGACAUCGCCCUCAUCAAGCUGUCCAGUCCUUUGGUCAUGAACGACAUGGUUCAGCCCAUCGCCAUUCCAGCCCAGAUGGAACUGGUCGAACCAGGAACGCAAUGCACCACCACCGGAUGGGGAACCACCACGGAGGGAGGCUCCAUUCCGGCAAGGCUCAGGAAGGUUAACGUUCCUGUCGUCUCCGACGAGAACUGCCUUCAGUCCUACGGGCCCUCGGAAGUUACAGAUUCCAUGCUGUGCGCAGGAUACCCCGAAGGCGGCAAGGACACCUGCCAGGGAGACUCCGGCGGUCCCUUCGUCUGCGGGGGAAAACUCCACGGAAUCGUCUCUUGGGGAUACGGGUGCGCUCGUCCUAACCACCCAGGAGUCUACACAGAAGUUGCCUACUUCAGGAACUGGAUCGAAACACACUCCCAUUAAAAUCUGCCUUCUCUCAACGUUUCUGUUGGUGCGGCGACUCUCACUUAACCUCCAACACUUUAGGUCUAAAGAAUACCAGGUCAGACCGCUUCCGACCAAAAUAAGGACAAUCUCGCGCAUGACGUCACGAGGCUGCAUCUGGCCCAAAGACAAUACACGAAAGAUGGGAAGCUCAAGCCACAGCCGCAUCGGCCGCAUACAAUUUAGUACCUGGCAUGAAAUGAAGAUGGCGGUAGCAUUGCACCUGCCUACAUCGUCUGUUUGUUUACUUUUUCACAAAGCGGGGCAUUCAAUUUCAAUCAUGAGUGGGCGCAGCCAUCAUCACCCGUGUGUGGUUUGCAAUAGGACGAAAAAUGAUUUUCCCCAUCUGAUUUUUCAUGCUUUUCCUCAGAAUAAAGAAAGGUAAUAAAAUCAUUACAUCUGUUACAAAGUACACGAUGACUUUAGAGAAAAUGAAGAAAUAAAAUAGACCAAAGCAAAAUUGAAUGUCGGUGCAGUGUUAUUCCGAAAUAAAUAUUGGAAAAUAUUUACACUACGGUGGACGCCUCUAAGCGGAAAGAAAAUAUAUUUAUAUGUGAUUUUCGACUAGAAAAAAAUAUUUGCCAUUUGAAACCCCAACAACCAACCUAACCUUCCUGGUAGUGUACAUCAGUAGCCUAAUCAUAUCAACAGAAAACCUAACCAUAUCAGCAGUACCAUAACCAUGCCAACAGUUACCUAACCAUGUCAACAGUAAUUUGCAAUGGAAAUGAAGCUAUCUUGCAAAACAUAUCAAAGUCAACUAGAAAAAUUAUAUUUUCAUGUCAUUUACAGGCUUCAAUUGUAUUUCAAAUAAAUACCUUAAAGUUAUAUUUGCAUAUCUUGAAAAUCUCUAGAAAUAUGAAAUAAACAUACCAAUACCUAUCACUGUCAUACAAUUCGUGAAUAUUGGGUCUCCAUGCCUUUUCCAGAUAGGCUACUCACAGCAACUUUGACUGUAUAUAUACUGUAGUUAUGUUAUAUUCUCAGCAGCUUACCCUUGGGUUGUAGUUAUAAAUGUUUACCUUAAUUUUUCAUUUAAUAAGCAACUAUUUAGCAAACCAAAGUUGUUUCAUCAGGAAGGAUGGAUCUUGUGGGAGCAUUCAUAUGGGAGAGCAUAAGUAGGUUAGUUAAGUUAUAGUGUUUUACUUUAAUUUCAAGUUCACUAACCUUUUAAUCUAUGAUUGAAUUUUCCUAUAUGUAUGGAUAAAAGCAUUCAAAAUAAAAUAAAAAAUUACAUGCAAA